AUGUCAGUAAUUGCUAGAACUACCAAUAAACUUUUGAUGACAAAUCAUGAUUAUGUUACUGGUAUAGAAACUUGUGAGUUCAGUUAUGAAUUGACAAUUAUAAACAUCAUUCAGUGGACUAGGAAAAAAAUUAAGUCACCAAGUUUUUCAUCUGGAUAUUCUGAUUUUAACGAUGAAUGGAUUUUGGAAAUAUAUCCAAGUAAUACUGAUCUAACAAUGCCAGCAUGGAUAUUAGUUGAUCUACAACCUCAAUCAUCUAAUACUCCACAAUUAUUAAAAACAAAAUACUUGUUGGAUCCAUUGAAUGGAUAUUUACUUAAUGGUGAACUUAAAAUUUGUUGUACAAUAAAAAUGUCUAGAAAACUAACAAAUGAUUCUGAUGUCACUUCAAAAUUUACUGCAACACAACAAUUGAGUGGAGACUUGGAAAAACUUUUGUUAAAUGAAAAAUCAGCUGAUGUUACCAUUCAAGUUGGUCAAAAAUCAUUUCGUGCAAUUAAAGGUAUUCUGGGAGCACGCAGUCCUGUUUUUGCUGCAAUAAAUCUAAAAAAUAAUUCUGAUGUCACUCCGAAAUUUAUGGGAACACAACAAUUGAGUGCAGACUUGGAGAAACUUUUGUUUGAUGAAAAAUCAGCUGAUGUUACCAUUCAAGUAGGUAAAAAAUCAUUUCGUGCAAUUAAAGGUAUUCUGGGAGCACGCAGUCCUGUUUUUGCUGCAAUUAGUCCUUUAAUCGUUUCAUUUAGUUUAUUCAGUCAUAGUCGUCAACCAAUGGUCAUCACAAGUUGA